CUACAACACAUAUGUGUGCUUGGACCUCUUGACUACGAUGGCAGGCGUAGAAACAGCUCCAAGGUGGUUGAGUCUCCCCGACCUCGCUGACGCCCUUGUUGGUUCACUUUCGCACAAUGAUUGCGUAAUGCUUCGCAUGGUAACAAAAGAACUAUCACAACAUGAAUCGUUGUCUGGCUUCACGGUCUUUCGCCUCAGCGAAUGCGUGCCGAAUUCCAUCUACAGCGAGCGCUGGGACGUCGAGUCCACGGCCGCAUGCUUAUCCUUGGAGCGUAGGAGGCAACUUGUUAAAUUAACCGCGGCGUCGGGCUCGCUUGAGAAUCUGCAAGUGGCAGUUCGCCGGGUGCAGUGCUCCCUCUCAGGCGCCCCGCUCGCAGCAGCCGCAGCUGCCGGGCACAUUCACAUCUGCCAAUGGCUCAGGAGGCAUUCUGGAUGCCUGGAAACCACAGACGACCCGGCCAACUCCGCCUUAGCCGCCGCGGCGGGCGCGGGGCAGCUGCCCGCCCUGAGCUGGCUUCUCUCUCAGGGCCGCCCCUGGUCCGACCACGCCCUCGCCGCUGCCGCACGCGGGGGCCAGCUGGCCGCCAUGCGGCUGCUGCUGCUGCGGCUCAACCUGCACGACGCAUCCCUGCUGGGCGUGCGGCGCCAGCAGCUGCUAUUAGAUGCCGCCGCCGGCUGCAGCCUGCAGCAGCUGCAGUGCCUGGCGGGUGCGCUGGCCCGGCCGCGCGGUGACUGCUCCUGGCUGCCGGAGCUGCUGCAAGCACUGGAGCGGCUGCUGAGCCCGACGGCGGCGGCUGAGGCCGUGGCGGGAGUUGACGCCGGCGCUGGCGGGGUCGAGGGCAACGGUGGCAUUGUAGCCGGUGGUGGCUUCAGCGGCAGCCGCAGCAGCGGCGCCAGGCCCGCAGCCAAUGGUGCGAUGGUUCCUCCAGAGCACUAUGUUGCUUCUGCCGCCGCUGCUGCUGCUGCGCCGGCAUCCAUAGCCGCGGCCGUUAUUGACAGCAGAGAGCUGGGCGCGAGGCUGUGUGAGUUCAUGGGAGGCCCUGACGGACUGCGAUGCAUGCUGUCAGCCGUGCUGGCCAGUAAUACAGCCGACUGGCAAGACAAGGCCAGGUGGGUGCUGUCCUGUGGCAGCAACAGCAGCAGUAGCAGCAGCAGCAGCGGCAGAAGCUCCGGGAGGGGAGUCUGGGACGGCGUAGCUGCCGCAGCCGUCGCCGUUGGAGUCGGUGGCGCGGUUGCGGCAGGCGGCGGCGGUGGAGGAGGUAGAUCUGCAGCCGCCACGCAGGGGUCGGGGCUGCUGGCGCUGUCGCUUGCACAGGCGCUGUCGGACAUAGCGGCAACCGAGCGGCUGCGCUGGGCGCGUCGCGAGCUGGGGCUGCUGUCUGCGCCAGAGGCGGUGGGGCACGCGGCGUGCCACGGCCGGCCCGAGCUGCUGCGGCUGCUGCUGGAGGAGGAGCAGCUGCCGCCCAGUCGUCAGGCGGUAUGGGCGGCGCUGAGGCGGGGUCAGCGGCGAUGUCUGGAGGUGCUGCUGGGCGCGGGGGCGGCGCUGGGGCCCUGGGACCUGGUGCGGGCGGUGACGAGCCGGAAUGCCGGAUUCGUGGAGUGGGUGUGGCGGCUGCUGAAGGCGCAGCAGCAGGAGCAGCAACAGCAGCAGUGGCAGCAGCAGCAGCAGCAGCAACAGCAGCAGCAGCAGCAGCAGCAGGGGCAGAUUGGAGAGCGGGGCCGCGAGCAGCUGGAGCCCGUAGCCGGCGGGAGCAAGCAGGCAGGUUGCACGGUAGCAGGAGCGAAAGUCGCAGCAGGAGGAGCGGGGGCAGCAGCCGCCGUCGCGGCGGACGCGGAUGCAGUGCACCUGGGGUGGAGCCAGGAGGAGCUGCGUGAUGCGGUCCUGGUGGCGGCGGGGGCGGGUGACGCGGCGCCGGCACUGCUAGCCUGGCUGCGGGCGCCGGAGCGGGCGGCGCCGUGGCACCCGCGCGUGUACGGAGCUGCGGCAACUGCUGGUAGUGUGACCACCUUGCGGUGGCUGCUGGAGAAUGGCGCGCCGCUGGGGCCUCAGGGCGACGCCUAUGUGGCCGCGGCCGCCAAUGCCGACUAUGCCGCCCUCAACUUCCUCAGACACACCGUGGCAUACCCCUGGGCUGCAGCCAGCGGCGGUGCGGCUGGCGGCGGCGGUGCGGCUGGCGGCGGCGGCACGGCGGGCGGCGGCGGUGCGGCGGGCGGCGAGGCGUUCAGCUCGGCGGUGCGUGAGGAGGGCGUGGGGCUGUCGGAGCUGUGCUGGCUGCGGAGCGCGGGCUGCCCCGUGGUGUGGAGCUCGGCGCUGCUGGCGGCGCGGCUGUGGCGGCCGGGCAGUGACGUGGAGGCGUGGAUAAUGGCCGAGGGGGAGGAGGCGGCGGGGGCGGAGGCCGGGAGGUAGGGGGGAGGAGAGGAGAGGAGCGGAGAGGAGGAGAGGGCAUAGCGCAGUCAGGUGUAGUGGAGGUGCAGGGCGCAUGAAGGCGAGCUUGAUAGGCCGCGUGUGGGUCGUGCGGUUCAGCGCGAGAAGAUUGUGUGUACCGAACCCUUCGACAGAACCAGUGGCGCCGUCGUACUCCCAGCUGCGGCAAGACCAAGACACAGGUCUCAGACAUACAUGUUCCAUUUGGCUGGGGUUGGAGGCGAGCCGGAGCUGUUGGAAAUGUAACGCGGCUGCUGCUUACGUGCUUGAAUCGUGCUCGUCACGUUCCGGACGCCUGGCCAGGCAAGAGCACGCAGAUUUAAAUUGAUCAUGUAAGCGUUCAGCACG